GAUGCUCUCUCACAGACGGACACCUCACCAACAAGCCCGUCAGACGAUGGCUUGGCAGGUCAGAUGACCCGCUACUGCCUUCAGCAGGCUUUACUGCAGCUCCUCAGAGUGAGUCUUCACCUGCUGCACAUCUUCAAGUCUUUCCAGUAAAACUCUGCAGCUUCUUAUAAAACCCAACAUGUGACCAGACUGGGACCAAUCGGACACCAGGAGCUUCUCAUUUGACAGUGGAGUAUCAUCUGAAGACGACCCCUGGAGCUCCACCAGGGUUCUCCUGCAGGUGGUUGGACGUGGGCUGAUGGGAGGGUCGGUGUGUAAGGAGGAGGUGCAGGAGGAGAAGAGGAGGAGCCCGGCCAGGGAGGACAGUCUGACGUCGGCCGACAGAAUCCGUCGAUUCACCGUCAGACAGUUUGGAUUCACCGUCCUGAGUCUGACCCGCCGAGGACUGAAGGAGGUUCCAGAGGAGCUGUGGGAGCUGCUGGAGCUGCAGAAGCUGAACCUUUCUCUGAACAGUCUGAAGGGGGUUCCUCCUCAGGUGGCUCUGCUCUCCAAUCUGGUGGUCCUCAACCUGUGGGGGAACCAGGUUCUGAGUCUGGCCAACAACCAGCUCUCCUCGCUGCCAGCGUCUCUGUCCAACUUGACCCGUCUGAAGAAACUCAACCUCAGUCACAACCUCAUCGCUCACGUCCCGGGCUGCGUCUACAACAUGAAGGCUCUGGUGUUCCUUCACCUUGCCUGUAACCGUCUAGAGAACCUGGCAGAGAACAUCCAGGCUCUGGUGGAGCUCAAGAUCCUCAUCAUGGAGGGAAACAGCCUCCACUCACUGCCAAAGGCCCUCUGUGAUGAUGAUGAUGAUGAACGUCCCCUGCCUCCUCAGGACCUCCACCAGUUGUCCCGGCUGCAGAAGUUGGCCUACCAUCCUCUGGAUAAAGGCCUUCACAUCAUCCACAACCCUCUGCUCAAACCUGUCAAGGAGGUUCUGGAGGGGGGGCUCAGUGCACUCUUCAGCUACCUGAGGGCAGGAUAGACCUGGGGGCGGGGCUUAACACCUGGUGACUGCAGGCGGAGCUCUGUCUCUAUCUGAGACCUGGGGGCGGGGCUUUAACCUACCUGAAAGUUGGGAGCCGAGCUUUUGAACUACCGAACAGGUGAGGGUGGAGCUUAUCACCUAACAGGUGAGGGUGGGGCUUGAUCACUAGAGAUUUGGGAGCAGAGCUUUGACCUACCUGAGAGCUGUGGGUGGAGCUUUCAACCACCUGACCAGGAGAGCAUGGGUUUUAACCACCUCAGAGCUGGGGGCGGGACCCUUUAACUACCUGAUGACUGGGGGCGGAGCUUUUCCUCCACCAUGAUGAGCUGGAUGCUGUUUAGCGCUGCUGGCUGGUUCACCCAUUCCUGUUAUCUGCAGCUGGAACCGCUGAUCCUCUACUUGGCUCCCUUUUUUCGCUGUUUUUAUGAAUUUUGAGUUGAAACUAGUUCCACUGUUAGAUAUCCUUCAGCUAUGCUUCAGCUUAGACUCCAUGUUGGAACCAUCUGCCUCCUUUCUAACUAACUGUGUUGCUCUGAAGCAUGCAGAGCUCAGCUGUUCUGUGAAUGAAUGUUGCUGUGAAUAAACCAUGCGCUGGA